AUGGUCAAUUUGCGGUCGUACUUCUACCACACCGACACUUCUGGGAUCCGGUUCACCGAUCCAGCUACAAUCGGACCUCGCGUUCUUGUGAAGGCAUUUGGCGUCAUGUUUCACAACAAUCCACAUCUGGAGGUGCAUACCAAGCCAUUUUUGAACCCACGGGGACGGCAUGCCUGGAUGGGUCAUAAUGGUUUCGAGGAUUGUAAUUCCCUCUGCGACAUCUUCUCAAGUCAUGGCCCUCCGGCCUUACGCGUAACCGUUCAUAUUAUUGAAUGUCGUGGAAUCAUGGAGGAUGGAAACGGUCUAGGAUCCUGGGAAGAUGGUGAUAUGACCAAUCAGAAAAUAGCCCAAACAAUAGCUGGAUUUAUCAAGUGGUUACCGCUACAACUUCGUAAGCUAUUGCAGAGGCAAUACACCAACGAAAUAUACAAGGACAAACGUUUGAGUUUUAUGGCGGUACUGGCCAAGGAAAUGUUCCCGGAAUACCCUGGCUUUGACCUCUUUAGAGAAGGGACGGAUGGGAGUACGGUCAUACAAGACGCCGUCAAGUUCGGAUCAACCCGGUGUUUGAGUACGUACCGAAUCGCCAUUUUCAGAAGGGCAAGCUCAUCCUUUUUCUUUUUCGACGCUACAGGUAAUUCCACCAGACUCAUGUCAGAGAAUGUUGGUAUUCUACUCGAAAAAGCCUGGGGCGAUGAGCCGAAUUGGCACAAUGUGGUCACAAAAUCUUCCGUCCACGAAAUCAUCGGCCACAUAUCGGCCUUGCUAUUCUACGGGCCGGAAUUAUCCAAGAAUCAAGAAUGGCUGGAAGUCACAGAAGAGUAUACUUCGAUUGGAUUUGAAGCAGCCCGCGAGCUACGCCUUUGGCCCCAUAUUUUUAGACCCUUUAUUCACUGGUUUCUGCCCUCUUGUCGUCGACUGCGGUAUCUUGCCAGGAGAACACGGAGCUUGAUCGAGCCGGGUAUCGCCGCUCGAGAGCGAGAGAACUCCAGACGUGAGGCAGAGGGCCAGGAGCCACUCACAUACGAUGACGCGAUCGAAUGGACCAAAAAAGCUGCCAAGGGGCGUCAGUACGAUGCGGCGAUGAGCCCAUUGCUUUUCUCGAUCAAUGCCCUCCACACAACCACCGACCUAUUGACGCAGACCCUUCUGGACCUCAGCACUCGGCCCGAAUUGAUCCAGGCCCUGCGUGAGGAGGUUAUCUCAGUUCAACCCCAGGAAAAAGGUUGGAAGAACUCAAUCCUAGGGCAACUACGGCUGAUGGAUAGUGCCGUGAAAGAAAGCCAACGACUGAAACCCACUGAGUCGAGUAUUCCUUAUGAGAAGGUCCGCGAUGCAAGACAUUACCUUCGCGGAUGGCACCCAAAUUCCCAGAGGACAGUGCUCGGCAUCCCCAUCUUCAACAUGCGAAACUCAGAAAUAUACCCCAACCCUGAUACAUACGAUGGCCAUCGAUUCAUGAAAAUGCGGAAGGAGACUGGCUCUGAUGGAGUAAGCCAGCUUGUUGCGACAAGUCCAAUUCAUUUGGGUUUUGGUCAUGGAAUCCAUGCAUGCCCAGGGCGGUUUCUUGCAGCAACCCAGGUUAAAAUCAUACUCUCCCAUAUGGUGAUGAAAUAUGAUUUCAAGCUGGGUGAUGGCUCAGAGACGAAGUUUGAUUCUUUUGGUAUAGAGUUAAUCUCAAAUUCGGAAGCGACACUGGCAGUCAGGAGAAGGGAAGACGAGGUAAAAUUCUAG